AUGAUUCAUUAUGCAUUGGUAUUUUACCAAACAAUCGAUCUUUAUGUGUUUGCCCUUUUAAUAAAUGGGGUUCUCAAUGUUUAUUUCAAAGUCGAGUAUGUAAUUUAAAUCAAAAUCUAACAUGUCUAAAUGGCGGUAAAUGUAUACCAACUGAUGAGCAUAUUGUAUCUAAUAAAAAAUUCAAAUGUAUCUGUCAAAAAGGUUUUAGUGGAUUAAGAUGUGAAAUAAUUGGUAAUGAAAUUAAUCUGUCAUUUCAUAAAAAUAUUAAAUUAUCUCAAUCAAUACUUGUUCAUUUCAUUGAAGUAUUUGAUGAUUCUGCACCAAUCAAUGGUAGUACAUAUCAAAUGAUUCCUGUUAAUAAAAGAACAGCAAUACUUUAUUGGUCAUAUCCAUUUCAUAUUAUUUUUGCUGAACUUGAUGAUAAAAAUUAUUAUUUAGUUUUUGUUCAAAAUAUCUAUCAUCGAUCAAAAAAAAUUAAUCAAGAAAUUCAAUCAAAAGAUCAUUGUCCACAUAUAAAUGAAAUAAAUCAAACUCUUAAUCAAUAUCAUCUUCUUCGUCGUAUUAAAUAUUAUCAUUCGCUAUGUAAUAUGUCUUCAUCACAAUUAUCUUGUUUUUAUGAUGAUAAUUAUUUUUGUUUAUGUAAUCAUUUUGGACAACAACGUAUAGCCAAUUGUUUUGAAUUUGAUUCUGAGAAAAAGUUCGAUUGUUUUGGUCAAAGUAAUUGUCAAAAUGAAGCAAAAUGUUUACAGGAUAGAUCUCAAUGUGCACAAGCAUCAAUAUGUGUUUGCCCUCGAUGUUUUUAUGGAACAUUAUGUCAAUUUAGUGCACAGGGAUUUGGUCUUUCUCUUGAUGAUAUUUUAGGUUAUCAAAUUCAACCACAUAUCACAAUUACACAUCAACCAUUUGCUAUACAAUUCAGUAUGAUAUUAACGAUGAUUAUAACAAUUAUCGGAUUAAUCAACAGUAUUUUAUCAUUUAUAACAUUUAAUAAUAAAGAAAUAUGUCAAAUUGGUUGUGGAAUUUAUUUACUAACUAUAUCAAUUAUUACUUUAUUUACAAUGAUAUUAUUUGUCUUAAAGUUUUGGAUACUUCUUAUUGCACAAAUGAUGUAUGUUACAAAUGAUUCAUUUUUAAAAACACAAUGUAUUUCAAUAGAUUUUUUAUUACGAAUUGGUAUUAAUAUGGAUCGAUGGUUAUCGGCAUGUGUUGCUAUUGAACGAGUGAUUAGUGUAAUCAAAGGAACUGGUUUUGAUAAGAAUAAAAGUAAAAAAAUGGCUAAAUUUAUCAUUUUGAUUGUUUUUAUUUUUAAUAUUUUGACAAAUAUUCAUGAUCCUAUUCAUCGACGUUUAAUAGAAGAUAAUGAUAAUGAAAAAAGAAUUUGGUGUAUUGUUACUUAUUCAUCAGCAUUAAGAACAUAUAAUAAAAUUAUGAAUCUAUGUCAUUUUUUCAUUCCAUUUAUUAUUAAUUUAAUUUCUGGUCCACUUAUUAUUCUAGUAACAGCUCGACAACGAAAAAUUAUUCGAAUUCAAGAAAGCUAUCGAAAAAUAUUAAAGAAACAAAUUCUAGAACAUAAACAUCUAUUGAUAUCUUCAAUUAGUUUAAUUAUAUUGGCUAUAUUACAUUUAAUCAUUGCUUUUGUAUCAGAUUGUAUGAGUUCAAGAAAUGAACCAUGGUUGUUUUUGAUUGGAUAUUUUAUUUCGUUUAUUCCAUCGAUAUUGACUUUUCCUGUCUUUAUUAUGCCAUCAACAUCAUAUAAACAACACUUUUUAAAGACUUAUGAACGAUAUAAACGAACGAUACGAAGACGAUUACAUCUUGCUUCAUAA